AUGCAUUCACUUAUGGCUCCCCGCGACAUCUCUCCGCAGACCCUGGACAUACGAUCUCUCUACACAUUCCAUGAAGCAAUCGGCACAGGUCGUACAGGAACCGUAUAUAGGUGCACAAGCAUUCGGUCGCGAGACACGGUAGCCAUAAAAGUGAUUAAGGCACGUGAGAUACAAGGAUUUAAUGAGUAUAGGCUUUGUCAAUGGGUAGAGACUCUAAUAGGCCUAGACGUAGCAGGGAUUGCAAAAUUCUAUAAAGUGUACGCUGAUAAAAGUCGUCGAAUAUUCUAUGUCAUUAUGAAAUAUUACUCCAAUGGAAGUAUUGCAAAUAGCAUAUCUGGAGGCAAUAGGUGCAAGUGGGCAGGGGCCAACAAUGAAAGAGUGUACGAUGCUUGUACCCGUCUAAUAUCUGCCAUUUCUUUUCUACACAAUCGACUCUGGGUUAUAAAUACUGCAACAAUAGGUGUACCUCUUGGGGCUAUAUCUCUUGACAAUAUCCUUCUGGACGACGAACUUUCUUUAUGCUUCCUCCCGGGAAUUGGAGCUCCCUUGAACUGGGUCGGUAGCACGUUUCCUGCAGAAGCUCCUAAUAACCAAUUAUCUGCGCCGGCUCCAGAGAAGAUUGUGACGCCUGGUAGACAGAAAACCCGGCCAAAUCCAGGAGCAAAAGCUAAUAUCCUGGGUGACUCCAGUCUUAUACCUGGAAGAAUUGAGCUUCCUGUUAAGGGAUAUGUUCCAACUAAGGACUGCUGGAUGCUGCCGUGGAACAACAUAUCGUAUCUAAGGCCUACCUUCGCAUCAGAUAGCUGGGACCUUGGUUGUCUCCUCUUUGCACUUAUCUUUCAGAAGUAUCCAUUUAGAAAACCCAAAGCUACGCAGCAAUCAUACGUCUUAUCUGAAAAGGUAAUGGAAACAAUCGGUACCACUCUCAAGCCCAUUGGUGAAAUAAUUUGCGGCCUUUUGGUGCCAGAUCCAUCCGACCGAAUGUCAACUCUUCAAGCAUAUAACAUGCUCACCUCACCAAAUAACAAGGUAGACGAUGUAGCAGAUGUGACGGACACUUCAAUAGAAUGGCCGGUCAAGACCGACGAGAAGCUCUACUUUGCACAGCUCAAGUAUAUUAUCUCAACAAUGGAUGAAUCUCUUGCUAAAUUAAGUGCGAUGCUCUCAGAUUCUGUUAGUGCUCAGGCGGAGGCGCAAGAGGAAGUGGUAAGACUAUCAACGCUGCAUACCAGCCUAGAAAAAGACGCUCGGGCUAAAGAUAAAACGAUUCAGGAGCUAAGACAGGAGCUAAAAAGAACCAUAGCUAGCAUGAAGGUGGAUAUAACAAAAGCCGAUGAAAUAGAUACGACCACUCUUACAAACGAAGAGUUAAUGUCUCUAGAGAACGAGUGCAGAAAGCUACAAGAUAAGAUAGUCAGCACACGCCUUCUUCGGUGUAGCCCAGAAUGCGUAGUGUGUCUUCACAGACCAAAGAAUAUAAAGUUGGAUCCCUGCAAGCAUGUGUGCAUCUGCCAUGAAUGCUACCUUCAGUUGCUAGAUAAGCGUUGUCCAAUCUGUAGGGUUUCCAUAAAUAGCGUGGAAAAGGUGUUCAUUUGA